UUGGUGAUCACUUAAAUGUGAGCGGAUAUUUUCGUGAACGUUAGUCAAUUUAACGGUGAAAAGUAACUUGUUUUUAUUUUUAUGUACUUUGGUGUUAAGCAUUGAAAAUAAAUACAAUGCUCAAUGUUAUGUGGAUUUCUGGUCUAUUCAUUCAAUUGCUGAUCUGGACUGUUUAUGCAUGGAACGUCACACAAUUUCCAGAUGACAAUCAACACUUUAAACGUGUGUUGGCUGGUAUUAUGCGUCCGCGUGUGGUGGGUACACCUGGCCAUACUGAAGUAGAAAAUUUUAUAAAAAGGGAACUCAAAACACUCGGCUUUACCACGGAACUUGAUCAAUUUGCACAGAAGGUACCCAUAUUUGGCAACGUUACCUUUACUAAUAUUAUUGGCGUUUUAAACCCCAGUGCAACCGAUUUCUUGGCGCUAGCUUGUCAUUAUGACAGCAAGUACUUCAAAAAUGAUCCUGGUUUUGUGGCCGCUACAGAUUCAGCGGUACCUUGUGCUAUCAUGUUAAAUACCGCUAAGACUCUAUCAAAGUAUCUUCAACAAAGGUUUAAAAAUCGCAAAGACAUCGGAUUGAUGCUGAUAUUUUUCGAUGGCGAAGAGGCUAUCAAGGAUUGGUCAGAUAACGAUUCAAUCUAUGGCGCACGUCACUUAGCAGCCAAAUGGUCCAAUACUCGUUCGUCAACUGGUUCGGGGCGAAGUAUUGAUAGAAUUGAAGUUUUAGUAUUGCUCGAUUUAAUUGGUGCUGCUAAUCCCAAAUUUUAUAGUUUUUAUCCGAACACUGAUGGGUUGCAUCACAGUUUGUCUGAAAUCGAAUUGUCUUUGUCAGCUGCUCAUCAGCUCGAGGGUCACAAUUUAAUGUUCAUGAAACGAUCAUCAUCUGGAUUUGUCGAUGACGAUCACCGACCUUUUCUCCAACAAAAUGUGCCGAUUUUACAUCUGAUAACCACACCGUUCCCGCCACAGUGGCAUACUCCGAACGAUAAUGCCGCAAAUUUGCAUUGGCCAUCAAUCCGUAAUUUUAAUAAGGUUUUCCGUGCUUUUGUUUACGAAUAUCUACAGAGACAUACGGAUCAGGUGAAUUUACGCGGAAUAGUUAGUUAGAAAUAAAUUCACUAUAAAUAGUAUACGAGUAUCUGCUAAAUUUAAUUUCAAUCUUUUUAUCCCGAAUAUAUGUCCAUACAUUAGGGUGAUCGAAAAUAACUAACCUAACGAAUUUAUGGCCUUAAAAGGAGCUAUUUACUGAGAAUAAAAUUCUCCCAUUAGGAAAAAUUUUUAUUCAAAUUUUAAAAGGAAUCGGUGGGCAUUUGAAAAUUGUCAUGUAAAUAAUAAGUAAAAAAAUUUUUUUUUAUUAAAAAUGUUGUAACUAGGGCUCGGAAUCUCAUGCACUAAAAAAUCGAAAAUAUGCGCUUUAGACAAGUAAAAUAUGUAAUAAAGAAGAUUUUUCUAAUAUUUUAUUGUCGGUACAAAAAUAACUAACACAUGCAUUUUAACAAGAAAAUAACGAAAUCAAUUUACUUCAACAUACCAUACACAUUUAUGUGGAACAUUUGUUUAUAAUCAAGCAGUCAGUUACAAUCUUGUGAUUUCACGACGAAUUUAUACCUUUUGUCAAAAUGAUGUGUUUGUUGUAAUUUCGUUUUGUACUGAUUGUCAAUGUGCGUAUAAUUUGUUAUUGUAAUUUUUGUUUUUGUUCUGCCAACACCACCUUGAAUAAAUUCGCCUUGGUUUAAUAGUUUGAGAAAGUUUGCCAUUUGGAUUCCUCGUGCAACCUACAGCGACGCAGGUUCACUCUAAAACAUUCUGCAGGAAUGGCUUGCAGAGUGUCUUUAGCCUUAUCCUUGCCGCACAGGAAGUGUUCGACUGUAUCUUUUAAGUCGGUCAUCGCAACUGGAACAGAACCUGUUGAUCCUUUCAGCAUGUACCCCAACGGGCCAGUACACUAUGCACACUGCAGUAAGUUUGUAGGUAUCUUCUUUGCUCAUUCUUACGAGAGCUUUGGUUUUAAGUGGGUCGUAGGACACCCAUUAAAUUCUCAAAAAAAUUACCCUCAAGUGGAUUAGUUUAUAGAGUCAAAAGUGCAUAUACUUACGGGCUAAAUAGUUAUAACAUUUUUAAUGAAAACAAUUUUUUUACAUGGUCUUUACAUGGAAAAUUUCAAAUGCGCACCGAUACCUUUGAAAAUUGGAAUACAAUCUUUUUCCAAAUUGGGGAAUUUUCUUCUCAGUAAAUAGGUCCUUUUAAGGCCAUGAAUUCGUUAGGUUAGUUUACUUGGAUCACUCGUAUACAUAUACGUGCAUUCAGGUGUUUGUUUGUAUACCAGGUGAUAAACUUGUACCAUAAUGAUAAAAAGUAUUCAUAUUUAUACUGCGAAUAAAAAUUGGGUAUAUGAGUCAUAUAC